AAAAACUUCAACUUUUUUACAUCCAGCAGAUAGAGAACUUACGUAUGUUUAAAAGCAUUAAAUGACUCUACACAAUUUUUUGUCUCGUUUCAGCAAUAAAAUAUAACUAGAAUUUAUGGAUCUGUCUGAAGAGCAAGUUACUACUCUAAAUCUAAAAGAGCGCAGUCCGGUUACGCCUAAUGAAAAAAACUUCGUGGGCGGUCUGGAAUCGAGCAAUGAAAACAAAUCAAAAAUGGAUAAGGGGGGCAUUGCUGAAAUUGAUUCGAAAAUAAUUGACUUAGCUCCUUGCUCUAAAAGUCCAAAGAGGAUCGGGCCAACUGUGCCCCCAAAGCCUUAUAAAAAGAAACCAGAUUAUCCUGAGUUUUGUGCUUCUUCCUUUGCGGUUAAAUCCACUUGUAUUAUACAGGUGCCACAAAGUUAUAUCGUUAAACAAGUAUGUGAACCGCACUAUUCUAAACGUUUGCAGAGUCUUACUGCGCUAUUCCAGCGAAAGUAUCCGGUUAAUACUUUACAUAAAAUUUCACCCAACAAUGUGACGUUAGAUAAUCCUGUUUUGCUGGAGCAACAGCUAGAAGCUUUAGCUCAUCACAAACGGCAACUGGAAAAAAGGGGCGUUUUUUCGCAACCGCAGAGUCAUAAUGAGAAAUCCCCUUCAGACAUAUCGGACUUUCCAAAUCUAAUGUUUCAUUCUCAAGCUAUAGACGAUUGCAAAUCUGGCGUGAUUUACUCAAAUGUGCGUCCAACACCGAGUAUACUGAAUUCACCUGUUUUCUCACUGAAUGUUGAUCCCAUUAAUGCUGAUACAAAACACUCCGGUGAACGGAAUACGGAGAGGAAUAUCACACAAAAUUUAAGGGAUCUCAAAGCUAAUCGAUAUAGUGUAGAAAAUGGCAGAAAUUUAAUUACAGAUCGAUUGUGUGGCAAAACAGUUCGUAGCCAAAAUGAAAUUUACUCUAACUUGACGUUCGAGGACAACAGCCAAGUGAUUAUAAGGUGCUAACAAAGUGCAUUGUAAGAAUCAAAGCAAUGCAAAUCAACUCAGCGAAAUAGACGAUUUAACUUGCUUAGUCAAUCUUAGCAACAUAUUUUGCUUAUCAACCCUAAAUUAACCAAAAAAAUAAAAGAAAAAAAGUUACAAAAACACUUGCGGAAUGCCUGUAGAGCGUUCUCCGCCGAGUAAGUGGAGUGAUCCGCUAGUUUUCGCGCAAAAACCUAAAAAAAUUCGAACUCAUCUCUCUCAAAUUUGCAUGCAUUGUGCACUCAAAAAUCCGUUCACACUGUAGCAACAAUUUUCACCUCAAAUCCCGCUAUAACUUCGCAAACAAUUUCACCUUCAGCUACGCAAAGCUGGACCGAUCAAUGCAUAACGCCAAAAACCAACACAACUACUCCAACCAGCUAUACUAGAACAACAAUAAAUACUCCUGUUACAACACUUGCAUCCAAUAUCAUAACCACAAUAACAAACUCAGUAAUUUCAUCAGGAACACCAAAAAUGUCCACAGGUAAUUCAACAUUGCAAAGCCAAGCAAAUACUGUAAACUUUACACCAAAGCGCACGCGAAAUUCUCCCGUCACAGCAUUUGAAGGUGGCAGAACAAUUAAAAACAAAAAUUAAUAAAUUGUUAAUCUAUAAAACUCGUAUAACUCCAAUCUGGAAAUAUGGCAUCGAACUAUGGGGAAUAGGAAGCAAAUCAAACCUUAAAAUAAUGCAACGACUAAAAUCAAAAAUUCUAAGGACUAUCACAAACGCAGGCUGGUACAUAACCAAUGACGAUAUACACAGGAACCUUCAAAUUAAAUUUAUGGAAGACGUCAUUCGAGAAUGCAUUAAAAAUCAUAUUCACAGACUACUAACACACACAAACGUCGGAAUGCUGAAAAUUCAACAUUCAGCACUGCAAAUCCGAAGACUAAAACGAAUAACUGCGACAUUAAAAUAAAUAGCUUGUAAAAAGAAAUGUACUUUAAAUAAUGAUGUUGUUGUUGUUGUAACAGUAAUAGAAACGCCGUAUAUCACCGGUCUUAUUCGUCUUGCUCAUCUAAGGGUAGGUCCAGGAAACAUACUGUUUCGAAAGGUUUGGUCCAAAGGGAGAGGGGUGUUAGCUGAGUAGGUUUUAAAGGGUGGUUAGUGUCGUGCGGGGUACCUUCACAUGCCGGACAUAUGUAUAAGUAGGAGUUUAACCUACUACAAUACGAGAACGUAAUCCAUAACGUAAUUGUGCCAGUGUUACGGGGGUCUCACGGGGAAGCUGGAGCUCUUCAUCUGCUAUAGGGUGUGGUUGGGCUCCGAUUACGGCAUUCUGUAGACGGGAGCUUAUGAAGGUAGUAACAGUCUUCCGGUGAAUGUCGUUUAAUGUCUGUCUAAACACUGUCUGGUCCAGUAGAUGUCUGUUGGUUUUGUCCUGGAUCUCGUCGGCGUAGUGCAGUAGGUGUCUCCUGACGUGUCUGGGAGGCGGCUCUGGCUCAAAGAGGUGUCUGCAAAGGUGAAACCUACGGUAGCACCCUAACAGGAACUGCUUGCUGAGCAGCUUUAUCAAGGUGGUAAAGAUGGUCGCCGUUGACUUAGUGGGGGAAAGUUGAAGAUUCCUCGCAGUGAAAAGCGAGAAAGCUCGGUGAGGUAGUUGCCAUCGAUGUCGUUACCCGACGCCGACUGCUUUUGGUGGCUGGGGGAGUUUCGAGAUGUAGAAGUUGAACAGCAAGUGUGAAAGAACACCAUCCUACGGUACACCUUGCUUAAUUUUCUCCUGUGUAGAUGUGUGGUCACGAAAAAUCACUGACGAGUGACGACCGCUCAGAUAGUUUGCGGACCACCUCUUCAGCCCUGGCGGGAGUGUCGACUGAUAAAUGUCAUCUAGUAGCGUGGAAUGGCUGACUGUGUCGAAAGCCUUUUUCAGGUCCAACGCUACUAGGACAGUCCGCUCGCAGGGGCGGUUUUGGUUAAGCGCGCGGUUUAUCUGGGCGUUUAUGGCGGUGAGUGCAGUGGUGGUGCUAUGCACUCGUAGCAAGCCGUGCUGAUAUGGGGCUGGGGCCAGUUGUUUCGUGAAGAGUGGUAGUAGGAGGGCUUCAAGUGUCUUCACUACGUGGGAAAGGAGAGUUAUCGGCCGAUAAGACUCCCCUUGGUUGGCGCGUUUCUCAGGUUUCCGUAGCUGGCCCCCUCUCCCUGCUUUCCACUUGUCAGGGAUAAUGAAAGUGGCCAAAGGCAGAUUGAAGACUCUUGUGAAAAAUCCUACUCCGAAAGGUCCCAGGUGCUUCAGCAUCAGCGUGUUGAGUCCGUCGGAGCCAAUGGCUUUAGAUGGUUUCAUGAGUUUGAUGGCCCCCUGAACCUCAUCGCUGGAGAAAGUAAGUGUCACACUGUCGUUCGUCAGUUUGUGCAGCCGUCUGGUGGCACGACGCUUGGUUCUGUCGGCCGGGCCAAGUGUUCUGAUGCAAACGAUAGAAUAGGUCGCCUGGUUAUGCUAUUUAUCAGACUGGCGCUAGCUAUUGUUAUGUUAGGCGAUCUGCUGCAAUGGCUUACUACCCUGGUGAGGACGUCGUCGUUCACAGUGCUGAAUGCCGAAUCGUCUAUCUGCUCUGCCAAUAGUUGUCCCAUACGAUCGUUUGGCAGGCUUGAAUGCCAAAUAUCGUUAUGCGCAUUAAAGUCACCAACAACCAAUCGGUUUUCACCUCUGAUGAGCGCACCUAUACCAGGGUGAUGUCCUGCCGGUCAGCAGGUGACAGGGGUAUAUAUAUAUUAAAUAUUUCGAGCUCGGCUCGGCGCGGAACGGACUGUGCGGGGGACGCCUGCUCGCGGGAGCAACACGUGACCUUAUACUGAGGGGACCACUCCCCAUGUGACUUAGGGCCUGAACAGGUCUUAAGGUGGCUCCACCCGUUGCACUUGUUGCACCUAACCGAGAGGGAGUUCGGGUGGAGCCGAUUAUGGCAUACGCAGCAAUAGAAUACCUCUGGCCCAGGAUGGAUUCGAGGGCUUGAGGAAAAGUAUUUGGAGAAAGAUUGCUGCGAGGAGUUGCUCAUUAGACAGGGCUAGUUUACUGGCCCUUGGUCGGGAAAACCCCAUUCGGUUAACGUAAAACCGGCUGCCACGGGAAUGUUAAAUAAUGAUUAAAUGCUACGCUUAUAUUUCCAUAAUUGUUAUACCAUAAAAUUACUAAGUGUUGAAAGUUGACAGAUAUAAUAAAUUGUAAAAGAAAAAAAAACAAAUAUAUACAUAUAUAUAUGUAUAUGUAUAUUAGGGUGUCCCAGGCUACAAGGGGGAAUUUUUUUUUUCGGAAUUUCAAUACGCAUACCCUUUAUUUUUUUCCAUUUGACUCUAAAAACUUAAAUAUAAAAUAUUAUUGAGAUCGGAUGUCAUUAACCCGUGCCGACUUGAUGUCAAACUUUAAGUUUAAAAGUUAGUAUGAAAGCUAUAGGCUCACAAUAGAGAAAAGUUUAAUUGAAUUUUUAAAUUAAUUAAAUAAAUAUAAAUAAAAAACAUAUUUCGUAUUUAUUUUAUUUUUAUUAUAAAAGGGACAUCAAUCAUCAAAUUUUCUUUUCAAAGUUUGCUUUUUACAGUCGGGAUAUACCUGUCUGUGUUCUUGUACGGAACGUAAUAAAAAUUGUUUUUGCUCCUCUUGAACAGUGAUCAAACCAUGGAAGUCUUGCAUUAACUUAACCGCUCUUUCUGCCGUAUGAUUUCAGUCCUAGCAGCUUAUUUUUAGCCUGUAGAAAGGAAUCAUCAUUUGACCACGAAGAGGGGCACUUGUUCAGAAAACUGUCGUCAAUCUGGAAUCGAUUAAACAGGAACUUGCUUUUGACAGAGACGAAGUAAUCAAUGUUUUUCUCUGAAAUUAAAACAGAUAGAUCAGUUAUCAAUUAUACCUAUUAGCAAACUUAGUAAAAGAACAAAAUCAAGGCUUAAUUAACGUACCAAAAAGUGGGCCACAGAGUUCUUCUUUGGAUGCAAUGUAACGUUUAUUGUGAGCUGUUGGGUUUUCUCUAGUUAAGGGGUAACACCACUGUAGAAAUUUCAAAAAAUUGAUUUUUUUUUAUAAGCUUAAAAAAUUCUUUGAACCUUUUAAAAUACAGAACAAAAAGUUUUAUACGUUACCGAAGUUUAUUUCAUAAAUAUUUUAAGCUUUUAACCAAGCGUUAGUGACUGCUACCUAACGACUUCUCCAAAUUUCCAUACUUUAAAUGCGUUUUUCUCAAAACACGUUUUCUGAAAUUGGCACGCAGCAUAACGCAAACAAUUUUUAAUAUUUUUAAUCAGGUUUUUCACUACGUCUGUAUAAUAACCUUCUUAAGAGAAGAGCGUAGGGGAUUUUCGAUAGAUUAAUUUAAACGAUUGUUAUAAUUAUUUAAGUGCCGUUUUUUUAGUCCAAAAUAGAGUUUUUUCCUUCAAAUGCUUGCUAGUUCCACAAAAAUGAAUAUUUUUUAAAUCCCCUACGUGUUUCUCUAGCUAUUCUUAUCUAGAUUAAGAAAAAAAAUGUUUCUUUAUUCCAGAUUAAAAUUUGCACCCUCUGUGCUGCGUGCCGCGGAGCUCCUUCAAGAGAAACCACAUUACAAAAAUGUCUUCAAUGCCGCCAUUUUGUAAAAUUUUUCGAUCAAACUUUGUAGUUUUGUAUUUUAGUAUAUAAGUAAUAACUUCCCAAAUCAGAGUGAUUCCUUUCCUUUUCCUUCUGUACAAAAAAUUCUUUAAAAAUCGUGUUUAUUUUACGCGUGUUACCCCUUAAGUUAGCAAUCAUUCUUGCUUUAGUUUCUAGAUUGACAUCAUCAAAUAAAGCCAGAAUAGAUACUUCAUCUGUCAAAUACCACAAAUGCUGCCAAAACUUCUGCAAAGCUGCUUUUGAAAUGCUUUUGUCUAUUGUUUCGUAAUUUUUCAUGGCCUUCAAAAAACACAAAUCCAAAAGUCACGGCUUUACUGCUAAAAUGCAUUGGAGCCAGGGUUUUACGUAGGAUGUCACGAUGAACAGAUAUACGUCCAACAGAGCUGCCUUAUCCUUGUUUGAAAUUCUGAAUUGAGAGCUACGUAACGAUAUUUUUAAUGAAUAAAUGGCUCUCGCCAUCCAUUGAGCCUGGUGCAUAGCACCUGGUGCCGAAUCUUAAAUUUCUUCUCUGAAUCUCCGCCAAGAAAUAUAAUUGAAAGCUCAAUUAAUUCGCGAUAGUCAUCUCUAACGAUUUCUUUGGUUAAUUCAGUUUUGUAGAAUUCUAGCAGUUUGUCAAUUUUCGCAACAUUAAAACAAGAUAGCUUUUCUGUACAGCUUUGUUUUUUCUCGGGAUCGAUAUUUUUCCAGUUUUCUCGGAAUUUCUUGAAUAAUGGGAUGUCUGGGCUUGUAGUUACCUGACUGAUUUUCGCUUCAAACACGCCUUUAAGUACUAGUUCGUAAACGUGAUGACGGCAAGCAAAAAUAAGCACUUCUCUACCCAGUUUUUGUUCGAGAAGCACACAUCCUCCAUUUAUGCGGCCUGUGUUAGAAGCAGUAGUAUCACAACAGAGAAUCUGCACUUUGUCUUCAAGGUUCCAGUUCGUAAUAGCAUCCCAAACUGCGUCUGCCUGUUCUCUUCCUGUCGAGCUAUCCAAUUUAGGAACAGCAAUAAUUUGUUCUUUAUUAUCGUAUGUAAUAACUACCGGUAGGUGUUCUUCUUUACUUUUACGUCGUGAAUCUAGAGCUUGCAACAGUUUUCCGUCCCAGUGGACAGUUAUCAUGUCCGGGACCUUGUUUUGAAAAUAAAUUUUUAUAGCUUCAUUUCCGUAUGAACUCUAUGGAUGGAGGACUUGCUUAUAGGGAAUUCAUCCGUAUUGUGCCCCACAGCCUCAAUAGUAGCUUCAAUUAUAAAGACAGAAUCCCUCACACUUAACUGACACCUGUGUAAUGCGGCAACUAACUUGGGAGUUAUGAUAUUUUUCCGCAUAGAAGUUUUAUCGCGCUGAGAGGAGGCUUCUCUUGCGCUGGGCCUAUUUUCUUCUAAUUCUAUUAUUUCACAAUCAGAAGAGGACUUUUCUAGUGGUGGUUCGCAAGAUGAUGUUGAUGGGGCUAAGGAUGAAAAAUUUUUAGCACGUCGCUUUUCCUCCUCGAUGAUUCGAAGGCGCGUCCUUUCCUCUUUGUUUGUUAGUUUUUUGUCCACUCCGGCUAAGUGACCGGGCGGACCUGGUUCUCUUUGGCGCUGCAAGAAGAUCUUAUCUUCAUUUAUUGUAAUCGAUUGAAGAGCAUCGGCAUGUGCAAUGUCAAACAAAUUCUUUAAGUUUGAAAAAAACUCCUUUCGACGCUGUUCAAACACUUCUUGAGUUUUUUUCGCAUUUUUUUGCAAUUCACUCCAAACUUGGUAUAAGUUAACUAGUUUCUUUACACAUUUAUAUAUUGAUCUGGUCGGUAUACGUGCCUUUUCCCAAUAAAUAACACACUCACGAAUUGUGAGAUUUGCACUUUCAUUGACACUUAAGUUCACUUCACGAAUAUUAAAGAACAAAACUGCCAGUACUGGCCCGUUAGAGGGAAGUUUAGAACCGGUGAUUUGAUGUUUUACGUCCCCUAUUAGAAAUAUUUCCUUUUUGGAAC